UUCAGCCCAGUUUGGCCCCUGUGUCCCCAGUUUAUCCCAGUUUGGUCCUCCCAGUCUUCCCCAAUGCCUUCCCAGUCCCUCCCAGUUCACCCGGUUCCCCCAGGUCACUGGUUCGGUGGCACAUCGAGGUCCUGGCCGAGGGCAGCUUCCGCCACACCCCGACCCUGCAGCUGCUGUUGGUCACCGCCGGGAGCUUGGGGACCAUCGGGGACGGGGCCUUUGCUGGACUGGUGUUACUGGAGUACCUGUUCAUCGAGGACAACGAGGUCGGGACCAUCGAACCCACUGCCCUGCGGGGCCUCCGGGGGCUCCUGUUCCUGAGUUUGGCCAACAACCGCCUGGAGACACUGCCUCAGGGGCUCUUCCAGGGGCUGGAGACCCUGAGCCACCUGGACCUGCGGGGGAACCCGUUCCGCUGUGAUUGUCGCCUGCGGUGGCUCCUGUCGUGGCUGGGGACAGUCCCCUCCUCCCCCGAGACUGCUGGGCGCUGCCGCAGCCCCUCCCCCCACCAAGGGACCCCCCUUGCCCACCUGGACCCCCAGGACUUCCAGUGCCAGCGGGCAGAGCUCCGGCCAUUCCAGUCCCUGCCCUUCUCAUCCCUGGGGGCCGAGUCUUUCACGCUAGGGGGGCACCAGGGGGUGGCCCUGGCCCAACCCUUUGCCGGUGCCUGCGCCCUCCUGGAGUGGGACCAACUGGCUGGGAGGUUCCGGGCCCCCACCAUCAUCAACAGUGAGUCUGGGGGGACCCAAAACCCACCCUGGGUGAUGCGCUGGGAGGGCUCCAUGUUCCGGGAGAUCCAGCAGGUCCCGGCUCGGGGGUCGAUGAUCUUCCAGCCACUGACCUUGAGUGGCCACCGCUACGUCCUGCUGGGCAACGACUUUGCCCUGAGCCGUGUGUUCCGCCUGGGCCCCGAGGGGCACCUGGAGCCCACCCAGGAGCUGCUGGUACCCACCCCCCGCGCCUUUGUCCCUGUCACUAUUGGCCAAUGGCACUUCCUUGUGGCCUCUAGCUUCAAAGGGGCCACCCAGAUCUACCAGCACAUGACCAUAGACCUCGAGGCAUGAGAGGACAUGGGGACAUCAACCAUCAUGUCACCAUGGACUGAUCACUUGAGGGAUGGGGGGACACCAUGUGACCAUGGACCUGGUCACCUGAGGGACAUGGGGACAUCAUCCCCCUCACCAUCAUGGACCUGGUGCCACCAUCCCCCUGAUGACCCCAUUGGCCUCGUGUUCCCUCCUGGUGUCAUCACUGCCCUGAUGUCCCCAAGGCCACCACCUCACCUUGUCCCCUCCUGGUGACACCACUGCCACAAUAUCCCCAAGGCCACCAUCAGCCUGAUGUCACCACUGAACUUGUGUCACUUCCUGCUGUCACCAUGGCCCUGAUGUCCCCUGUCCCCUCCUGGUGCCACCACCAACUCCAAAGCCACCUUCAACCUGAUGUCACCAUUGGCCCAAUUUCAUCUUUUGGUGCCACCAAUGCCCCGAUGUCCCCAAGGCCACCGUCACCACAGUAUCACCACUGGCACAAUGUCCCCUCCUGGUGCCACCACCAACCCUAUGUCCCCAAGGCCACUGUCACUGCAAUGUCCCCAUUGGCCUUGUGUCCCCUCCAUGUGCCACCCACCGUCCCCAAAGCCACCAUCAAGCUGAUGUCCUCUCCUGGUGCCACCAUCCCCCUGAUGUCCCUGAGGCCACUAUCUACCCGUGUCACCUGGUCCCCUCCACGUGCCACCCCCCAGCACUGUCCCCUGUCCCCCCUGAUGUCCGCCAAGUGCCACCACCCCCCAAGAACCAAAUUACCUCUUUUUUUUUUAACCUUUUUUAUUCAUUUUCCCCAUUUGUUGGGCCGUUUUUGGGGGGUUCCACCCCAAAA